AUGAGGAUCGCUACACUACAGAUCGCCCCGAAGCUGGGCGAUGUGGAGGGAAACAUUCGACGCGCCAAUGAGUUGCUUAAGAAAGGAAAAUACAUCUCGAUGGGUGGACAGGACCUCGGGAUUUCUAUUGGAGCAGAAUUGCUGAGACCGGAGAUUUUGGUCUUGCCUGAGAUGGCGUUCACUGGUAUGUUCUAUUCGAUACUGCGUCAAGUCCGCAUCACCAAGACGGGCAGAAUCAGAUUCAGGCCCUUCCUUGAACCGGUUGGAAAGGGACCAAGCGCCGCAUGGGCACGGGAAACCGCCCAACGACUCCAAUGCAAAGUGUGCGUGGGGUACCCAGAAAUCGAAACAGACGCGUCCACAAAGGAGACGAAAUUCUAUAACUCCCUCGUCGUCGUCGACGAGACGGGCGAAGUCAUCCACAACUACCGCAAGAGCUUCCUGUACUAUACCGACGAAAGCUGGGCAUCAGAAGGCAACGUGGAGCAGGGAUUCCGCGAGCUGACAUUCCCGUCGCAGCAGGGGAACGAUAACGAGAACGGGAUGACGACAGCCUCUGCCAUGGCGGGGGAUGCAGAUGCGAGUGAUACCCCCCGACAUGCAGCCGAGAAGCGGGUCGCCACAUCCUUUGGGAUCUGCAUGGAUAUCAACCCCUACAAAUUCGAGGCGCCUUACACGGCGUGGGAAUUCGCCAACCGGGUCCUGGACUCGAAAUCGCAACUCGUCAUUUUGUCCAUGGCUUGGUUGACCCUUCUCAGCAGGGAGGAACUAGAUGCGCUAGAGGGCCAGCCCGAGAUGGACACGUUCAAUUACUGGCUACAGCGGUUCUGGCCGCUCAUCGAGAAGAGAAUGCAGCAUGCGGAGAAUGUGGAUGGGCCCGAUGCUGAAGGGGGCCGGGGAGAUUCUGAUUUGGAUUCCGAGUCUGGUUCUGAUUCUGGUUCUGGCUCUGAUAUGGCCAAGGCCAAGGCUGCGUGCAAGGAUGAUAAGCAGGUGGUGAUCGUCUUUGCCAAUCGCGCCGGGGAAGAACCCGCGGCAGAUGAUGCGAAGCCACCGGCACGGUAUGCGGGGACGAGCGCCGUCAUAUCCGUGACGCAGCGGCCUCGAGAAGGAGGGUUGGAUGGGUCAGGUGCCGGUCCGGUGGAGGCGAUCGACCAGGGCCGCGACUUCAAUGUGAAGAUCCUUUGUUGGGACCUACUGGGCGCGGGCGAGGAGGGUAUUUGUUUCGCGGAUACUACGGCAGAUCCGAAAAUGGUGUUUGGAUUGAGGAGCAAGUCGCGCGGAGAGUGA